AGCGUCGGGCGGAAGCAGCACUACUUCCGGCUCCUCCUGCCCGCGGGGUACGUGGGAAAGAAUGGCCGCGACUGUGGAAAAGGGCAGUUUGUCCGGUACCACCUGACAGCGCUUACACCUUGUGCUCCUGAACUAACGCUUCUUUUCAAGGCUGCUCUCCAGAUUUGCACAAUGUUUAUUUUCCUCAUCUACUUUUGUUUUUUCACCAAGUUAGGGUAAUAUUUCAUCUUAACAGUUUUCACCUUGGAGAAAGAGCUCAGGCUCCAAAUUGACAUGUGACUAUUCGAACAACCCAUUGACAGUUGGUUCCUCCCAAACAUGGUUCGCACACAGUUAAACAAAUUUCUAACUGCGUGAGGUCUACGUCUAGUCGUAGGAGGAAGACAGCAUAAAUAACCAAACAAAAUAUACGGCAAAAAGCAAGUGCUGUGGAAAACAAAACUUGGGGAUGGAGAGAGAGCUCAUCAAUUAAGGAUACCGGCUGCUCUUCCAGGGGACCCAAGUUAAAUUCCCAGCAACCGCACGGUGGUUCCAAGUGUCUUAACUCCAGUCCCAGGGGAACUGACACCCUUUUCUGGGCUGGGUACCAGAAAUGCAAGUAAUGCAUAGACACGCGUGAUGGUUUGUAUAUGCUUGGCCCAGGGAGUGGUGAAGGUGUGGCCUUGUCGGGGUAGGUAUGUCACUGUGAGCAUGGGCUUAAGACCCUCAUUCUAGCUGCCUGGAAAUCAGUCUUCCACUAGCAGCCUUCAGAUGAAGAUGUAGAACUCUCAGCUCCUCCUGCACCAUGCCUGCCUGGGCACUGCCAUGCUCCUGCCUUGAUGAUAAUGGACUGAACCUCUGAACCUGUAAGCCAGCCCCAAUUAAAUGCUGUCCUUGUAAGAGUUGCGUUGGUCAUGGUGUCUGCUCACAGCAGUAAAACCCUAAAGACAAUACACAUGCAAGCAAAAUGCCUAUCCACGUAAUAAAAAGUGUGUGUUUGUGUGUACACACCAUAUCACAUGUCCUGUGGAGGUCAGAGGACAAAAACAGAGAUAGUUCUUUCCCUUUUACCUUCUGACCUAUCUCAGUGCUUUAGAGAUGCUCAACACCUGCUCAGUGACCCAGGGAGACUGGGCCCUCCACCUCUAUCCCAAUCAUAGUCUCAUCACACUGCCUUCAGGAUUGGACAAAAAACAGCAAGACUUUUAGUAUUAAGACAGAUCUGAGACAUGCAAAGGUCCACCCACCACGGGAGCCACCACAAAGUGCAAAUAUGUGGGGCAGAGAUAGGGAGGAAGGAGAAGCCGGACAGUUGAGCAUUAUGAAGAGAGGCAGAACUGGAGACACGGAGACACGAGGAGGGUGGAAAGGAACAGCCUGAUGUGUGCAGCCUGCCCUGCUACCUGAUGCCAUUGUGAAACCCUGGCCUGUUCUGUUGCUGAGGGCCUUGUCUGAGUCGGUGGCCAUGUGGCUCAUAUUAUGGCCAAAGACCCUGCGGGUAUCCCUCUCCUGGGACGAUAUUGAUAUCCAAGAGCUCUGUGGAACUGACCCUACCUCUCAGCGGCUGCAGCAAUGGGGAGAGCUGGUCCCACCCUUUGCUGGUGGCGGCAUUCAGAAGAGCAGCCCCUGGUAGUGGACCCCCUCCCUUGUUUGCUAUGCAGUGGCUUGGGUAAGGAGGAGAUGCUUUCCCCAUCCUUUUUGAUAUCUGCAUCAGGCUGGUGAGCUGCCCCCAGAGGCCUAAGAGUGGGAGAGGUGGCCCUGCCUCUUGUUGGCUGAGGUGUUGGGUGAGCCUGCAGGGCCAGUACUGAAGAGCUCACCGUUAUGGUGUAAGUGCUGGAAAACAGGCAGGUUGCUACCUCUCAGGCCCAGACCCAGGAUAGGCCCACCCCAACCUCUACCCCAUCUCUGAACCGCUGGAACCCGUUAAGCCACAGGACCUCCUUGACACAGGGCUAGGGCUACACCAAGAUAUUUGAAAGGAGUCUCAGUAAGGAUCCAGUAUUGAUAGUAACAGAAAUCAGACUUCAAACCAGAUCAAGGUGGACAUAAGGCUAUCCUGUGGGACACACUACAACCUCCAUGACGAGAUUUUUUUUGUUCUGUCUUUUAUUUUCUUUUGGGAGAGGAGGUUGCAAGGGUGGAGGGCAGAUACAAAGGGACAGGAGAUGAGUGGAUUGGGGUGUAUGAUGUGAAACUCACAAGGAACCAAUAAAAAGUAAAUAAAUUAAAAAAAAAACCAGAACUGUGUCAAGUGUUCCAUACAUGUAAACACUUUAUAUGCUAUUACUUAAAUUCCUACAUCUUUAUAAGGUAGUUAUUAUUACUACCUCUAUAUUUAGAGAUGAGGUUAAAAGGAGUUUUGGAUAUCUUGCCUAAGGUUACAGUCAUAGGAUUUAGGGACAAACCAACUUCAGAGCCUUCUGUGCCUGCUGGGCUAGUAUGCCCCGCUCACAGGCACUCACACACCUGCAUCCUAUCUAACUCAGGACCAAUAUUGCUGCUUCCAAAGGCUGUGUGGAAGUCCAUGGUCCAUGCUGCCAUCGGCUGCUAUGGACAAGGAAGCGUCUUUCGCAGCGGCAUUGAUGAUUGCAGACUGAUAACUGAGAAUGAGAGACACUGAACGUUUCUGUGACUCUCCCACAUCCCCACAAAGAAAUGGUCCAGUGAGGAAGCUGUUGAAGAGUCCCUAAAAUUGUAAUAAAGACGUUUGAAGUAUAGCUCUUUACAGUAGAAGGCUUCUAGUGGAGGGGAGGGGAACGACAGUUUUCUUUAAGGAGCUGGCUUUUGGGAGUUUGACCACACUCUAGUGAGCAUAUGGGCAACACAAAUUUGUCUUGGUGUGCUUUUUUUUCUGGGGAGAGGGUGCAAGGGUGAGAGAGUAGACCUGGGUGAAAUGAAAAGUGAGUGUACUUAGGUACAAUGUAUGAGAUCCCCAAAUAAUUAAUAAAAAUAUUAUGUUGGAGAAAAUUCAAUUAAAAAAAGAUUUUUAAAAAAUUCCCAAGAAUUGAUAAUAAUUAUUGAGAGAACAAUACCUUAAGGGAAUGCUUGCUCUGUGUGUGCGUGUGUGUGUGUGUGUGUGUGUGUGUGCAUGUAUAUACGUGUGUGUUUGUGUAUAUGGUGUGUGUGUGCUGGUGCAUGUAUGUAUGUGCAUGUGUGGUAUGUGUGUGCAUGUGUGUGUGCAUUUGUGUGUGGUGUCUGUGUGAAUGUGCAUUGUUUGUGUCUGUAUGUAUAUGUGUGCGCUCGUGCAUGUAUGUAUGUGCAUGUGUGUGUGGUGUAUGUGUGCAUGUGUGUGUCUCUGUAUGUGGUGUGUGCAAGUGUGUGUGUCUGUCCAUGUGUGUGCCUCUUGUGUGGCCAUAGUUUUGUUCAUUGUCCAGUAGUUUUUGACUUAUUUUUCAGGUCAGCAUACAAAGUUUUAUUUCAUUAUGGCAUUUUAAAGCAAAAUUUGUUGACUCUCUUAUUCCUUUUUUCUUUCCCUAAGGGCUUUUUCUUAACCACCACCAACAAAAUGUCUGUAAACAGCAGACAGGGAGGCCAAUACUUGGGGAGAAGAUACAGUAUUUCUCGGUGUGGGAGCAGAAUGGCUGUGGUAUGAAUAUGAAAAUCAGUAAGCUCAGUGCUGGGUAGAGUAGCCCAUGCUUUUAAUCUCAGCACUUGGGAUGCAGAGGCAAGUGAACCUCCAUGAGUUCAAGGCCAGCCUGGUCUACGAAUUGAGUUUGGUCAGCCAGAGCUAUAGAGAAACUCUGUCUCAAAAACAAAAAAACCAAAAAAACAUUGAAAUUAGCCUACAAGUAGACACAGUGUAUAGCAUAACCCCUACACGCUUCAAGAAAACAGCACUGUUUAGUUAGGGUCUUAUUGCUGUGAACAGACACCAUGACCAAUGUAAGUUUUAUAAAGGACAACAUUUAAUUGGGGCUGGCUUACAGGUUCAGAGGCUCAGUCCAUUAUCAUCAAGGCGGGAGCAUGGCAGCAUCACAGCAUCCAGGCAGGUAUGGUGCAGGGGGAGCUGAGUUCUACAUCUUCACCCGAAGGAGGCCGGGAACAGCCUGAGCAUCCUCAGGAGCUAGGAGGAGGGUCUCCAAGCCCCUCCACAGUGACACACUUCCUCCAACAGGGCCACACCUUCUAAUAGUGCCACUCCCUGGGCCAAGCACAUGCAAACCAUCACAAGCACUUAUCAAAUGCUAGGUUUCUUCAGUAUACGUUAAGAUGGAGUAAAUGAAAGUUUCUACUUGGAGAUAAGCUUAUCUGAGGGAGGUAAUUUGUAUUUUUCUGUGGGGGUGGCUUUGAAACAGGGUUUCAUGUAACUCAGCUGUGGCGGUUUGUAUUUCUUUUUCCCUUUUUCUUUUCUUUCUUUUUUUUUUUUUGUGAACUAGCAAUUAUAAAUUGAUGAGGGUGAGAAUGUUUUAAUUAUUUAUUUACUUAAUGUAUAUGAGUACACUGUAGCUGUCUUCAGACGCACCAGAAGAGGGCAUUGGAUCCCAUUACAGAUGGUUGUGAGCCACCAUGUGGUUGCUGGGAUUUGAACUCAGGCCCUCUGGAAGAGCAGUCAGUGCUCUUAACCGCUGAGCCACUUUUCCAGCCCAUUUUCUUUGUUUUUGGUUUUUUUUUUUUUUUUUUUUUUGGUUCUUUUUUUCGGAGCUGGGGACCGAACCCCGGGCCUUGCGCUUCCUAGGUAAGCGCUCUACCACUGAGCUAAAUCCCCAGCCCCUGUUUUUGUUUUUGAUACAAAGUUUCUUUGCAUAGCUGUGGCUGUCUUAGAAUUCACUCUGUGGACAAGCCUGGACUUGAACUCACAGAGAUCCAACUGCCUUUGCUUCCCAAGUGGUAGGACUAAAGGUGUGAACCACCACCAGCAGUAGUAUUUCUUAUAAUUGAUCUUCUGUAAAUUAAGCCAGAAAUUCAGAAUCCCUCUCAAAGACAUACAUAGAAGACCUGUAUAUGAUGUUUUUUGGGGGAGAAAAAUAUGUGGACUCACAUGUAUUCCUUAAUGUUUAGAAUAGUUUUACCAUGUGUAUGUACUGGGGAUUAGGCACUAUUCCUGACACACACACACACGUCGUCUCUUUCCUUGGGAGAUGAUGCUGUGUGAACAUGAUGUAGGUGAAGGACUUCCACAUGUAUUUUUACCCGGAACACAGCAUGACGAAAAGGAGUCUGUUCCACGAGACACACUGGGUGGACACGUGGAAAGGUUUGCUUUUACUUUUUCCUUUUGUUCUGGAGUCUCACUAGUUGUAACAUGAUAAGCACUCACUGUCCUAUCCUAUGCAGGCAGUAGGUAUUCUGGGACAAAAGCUCAGGGUGGUUGGCAAGAAACCUUAUCCUUAAAGUUCGAGCCUCAAAGGACUGUGCUGCAGUUGCUGUCUGGCUGGCUUAUCCUGACAACCUAUUGUGCUUGUGAACUUAAUAAUUUCCGAAGUCCCAAAAUUGCCCACAGAGAACAUGCAGGUAAGUUUCUGACCAUCUCCAAAGCAUUUCAGCUAUUAAAACAGGUCGUUCUACAUGCAGAUCCUCAGCGCUGAGAAAAGUGGCAAGUGGUGCAGUUUGUAACGGCAAGCAUUUGCUUUUGUUUUGUGUUUUCCUAUUCAGUUGAUAAGUAGGAAAAGUAGGAGUCGGGAUUCCUCAGUGGUUAUGAGUGAACUUUAGAUGGUGGCAGAUCUGAGUUCAAAUCAUAAGCUUAACUUGGCGGUUAAUCUAUCGGAGAGUGGUAUCCCUGGGGCUAAAGGAAGCAAACUGUCAAAUCUGUGGUAGCACAAUGGCUGGCACACAGCAAGCACCCAGGAGGAUGCCACUCUGUAAGUUGCUUCCUAAUAGUGAGGUUAUAAUAAACAGAGUUCUAGUUUCUUUAAAGUUCUGUAGCUCUGUUACAAUUCUGUAUUGUCCCUUCCAGAUGGAUACUUUCUGUCUCUCUGGGUGAGGUGGAGUAAGCCCGGCACAGGUGCACCAGGAUGCUCUCUGCUAGGAAUCUGCUCACAUUGACAGACAUGCCAGACGGGUUAGAUAAAAUGGAGAGUUAUACCAGAAAUGUAAAUGUCCACCAGGGGAUGGUGGACACCCAAAGCAACCACAUCAUGGAAAACAGUCCUUGUCCUUUGUAAUCAGAGAGGAAACUGACCCAGGCGCUCCCAUUCAAGAACUGUACUUAUGGGGCUGGGGAUUUAGCUCAGUGGUAGAGCGCUUACCUAGGAAGCGCAAGGCCCUGGGUUCGGUCCCCAGCUCCGAAAAAAAGAACCAAAAAAAAAAAAAAAAAAAAGAACUGUACUUAUGUUCCCAGCGCCUUAGCCUUUUUCAUAUCUUUAGUGUCUCACAUAGCAUCUAGUUUAUAAUUACACACACACACACACACAACAACAACAACAACAACAACAACAACAACAACUCCACAACACUGGAGAAGAGGAAAACCUAAUCCCGUGACCUGGGAGACAGCCACCCAGUAGAGGAGAGAAAUAAUAAUAACGGAAUAGGAUGCACCACUAAGGGCCGUAAGAAGCCCACACAGGAGUCAGUGGGUGGGAUAAACAGGGAUGGAAACAGAGUUUAAAGGGACAAAACGCCUUUUCUCACUUAGGUGACGCUCUGCCGACUUCGGACUCACCAGUGGUGUUUCCUCCUCUUUAACGUCGUACUAUUUCAUGUGUUGCUCUUCGGAGCUGACUUUGUAGAAGAAUAUUUCUUACGUUCUUUGCCUCGCGUGGACAUGAAAAUUCUCAGCAUUAAAAACAAGGCAAGAAAACUGAACCUGGAACCUUUAAGGCACAAUCCUUCCAAGUACUAUGUCCUGAGCCAGCCGGAGGUGUGCAACGGGAAGACCAUCUUUCUGCUCUCUCUUAUCUUCAGUAGUCCAGGGAACGCAACAAGACGGGAGCUCAUCAGGAAAACCUGGGGUAGUGUGACCAGCGUCCGAGGCUACCCAAUUCUCACGCUGUUUGCUCUGGGAAUGCCGGCGCUGGUCGCUACGCAGGAAGAGUUAGAUGCAGAGGCUCAGGAGAAUAAUGACAUAAUUGAAGGGAUCUUCCUGGACAGUUCGGAAAACCAAACGCUGAAGAUCAUCUCAAUGACCCAGUGGGCUGUAGCCUUCUGUCCCAACGCCCUGUUCGUUCUCAAGGCUGAUGAGGACACGUUUAUCAAUCUACCAGGCUUGGUAGACUAUCUUCUCAAUCUGAAAGGUCAGAUGGAAGGUAUAUAUCUAGGAAGGGUUAUCCAUCAGGAUAUACCUAACAGGGACCCCCAUAGCCAAGAAUUUGUCCCUCUUAGUGAGUACCCCGAAAAAUACUACCCAGACUACUGCAGUGGUGAGGCCUUUAUAAUGUCCCAAGAUGUGGCUCGGAUGAUGUGUGUGGUUUUGAACGAAGCACCCAUCAUGGUGCCUGCUGAUGUAUUUGUGGGGAUCUGUGCUAAGUCCCUGGGCCUUACACCUAGCCACAGUUCAAGGUUUUCUGGGGAAAGGCACAUCACAUAUAACAGAUGCUGCUACAAGUUCAUUUUCACAUCCUCAGAAGCUACAGAUGCUGAAACUUCCCUAGCAUGGAAAGAAAUGAAUGAUGGGAAAGAAUGUUCUGUGUUCGAGACUUAUUAUGGGCUCAUCUCCUGCAAGCUUCUGACAUACCUGGACAGCUUCAGGCAUUUUCACUGGAGGAGCUCGGAAGACCGUGCUGGGUAUUUUGGUGAUUAGUAUCCACUCGCUGUUAGAUGUCUUCUUCUUACAUUGCUGCUUUCCUACUACAGAAGGCAACUCUCUGGACCCAUGCUAUGUCUUCUCUGAAUCUUUAUUCACACCUAGCAAAACCACAAGACGUUCUCAGUGUUCUGAUGUACUCAGUCUUGACAUCUUGGUUUUGAUGUUUAAGACAUUUAAAACAGGAUGGUGUGAUACUUUUCAAAAUAAAAUCUCUCAGAAAAGAGAAAACAUUAAGUUUCAUUAUAACAUGAUGUACAGAUGUAUUUUCUAAUUUUAAAAAUUUAUUUGGUAUGUGUGUGUGUAUGCGUGCGCACAUGCACAGGUGUGUAUAUAUUUGUGUCACGAGGUAUGCAUGGAGGUCAAAGGACAAAGAACAGGAGUCAGUUCUUCCCUUCCAACAUGUGUGUUCUAGGACUAAUCGCCCUUGCCCAGUGAGCCAUCUCACAGACCCACACAAGUGGUACCCAGGUAGAAUACAUUUUGAAUGCGUAAAUCCAUUUAUUUGGCAUUCGUGCAUCCUUGCAUAUCUUUUUUGUUGUUUUAAUUUUUUAAAAGAUUUAUUUAUUAUAUAUAAUUAUGCUGUCACUGUCUUCAGACACACCAGAAGAGGGCAUCAGAUCCCAUUACAGAUGGUUGUGAGCCACCAUGUGGUUGCCUGGAUUUGAACUCAGGCCCUCUGGAAGAGCAGUCAGUGCUCUUAACCUCUGAGCCAUCUCUCCAGCCCCUCUUUACAUACUUUUCAUGGUAAAAAAAGAAAUCGUGGUAAAAAGAAAUGAAUGCUCUCUCUCUCACACACACAGACACACACAGUAACUAUCAUUUCUGUGAAGUAUACUAGAUUUCCUCAACUUAUUCUUGUCAAAUUGAGUUUGUUUGGCCCCUGGAGGGCCAGGGGAGCUAUGGAGUCAUGGGGAUCAGGCCUGGAGUAGGAGUUGAGUAGAAUCAUGUCCAGACCCUGGAAUUAUUGUCCUAAGAAGGGCAGGAGUAGGACUCCUGUAUGUCCCAGCGUAAGUAGACCCACGCCCUGACCUUUGCCUCACAAGAGGAGGUCAGGUAGCCUGGUAGCCAGGUUACAUUUACUUUCCCUUUACAAGGUCAUAUCCAGCAGCAGCUAGAAUUCCUCUUCAUGCAGAUAUGGCAUCCCUAGCACCCUGGCCUGGGCCAAUUACACUCACUCCAUAGCCCUUACUCACCCCUCAAAAGUCUGUUUCUCCUCAAGCUCUCUGGCUUAUAGGUCCCUUGACUAACAAACCUCUGCCCACCUCCCAGAACGUAGAAACUUCUACUGAGUUUGGCGUUUAUACACUGCAUAUGAGAGUGAAGUUGUGGCUGUCUUUUGUGCUUGGCCUAUUGCCCUCACCACGAUGUCCUCUCGUUCCUCUGUGCUGGCGCAAAUGAUCAUUUUUUCUUUUUCUUUUCUUUUUCUUUUUUCCCUCUUUUUCCAAGACAGGAUUUCUCUACAUAGCUCUGACUGUCCUGAAACUCGCUCUGUAAACGAGGCUGGCCUGGAACUCAGAGAUCCACCUGAUCUGCUUCCCAAGUACUGGGGUUAAAAGCAUGCACUACCACCACCUGUUGAUAGCUCUUUCUUAAGGAGGAAUAGUUUUGACCUCCUCUGGUGAGGCAAAGGUCAGGGCAUGGGUCUGCUUACACUGGGACAAACAGGAGUCCUACUCCUGCCCUUCUUAGGACAAUAAUUCCAGGGUCUGGACAUGAUUCUAUUCAACUCCUGCUCUACCAUCGCCUGUCGAUAAUAGUUCUUUCUUUUUUUUUUUCGGAGCUGGGGACCGAACCCAGGGCCUUGCGCAUGCUAGGCAAGCGCUCUACCACUGAGCUAAAUCCCCAACCCUGAUAGUUCUUUCUUUUUUUUUUUUUUUUUAAAAUAUAUUUAUUUUAGGUAUAUGAAACACUGUAGUUGUCCUCAGACACACCAGAAGCAGGCAUUGGAUCCCAUUACAGAUGGUUGUGAGCCACCAUGUGGUUGCUGGGAAUUGAACUCAGGACCUCUGGAAGAGCAGCCAGUGCUCUUAACCUCUGAGCCAUCUCUCCAGCCCCUGAUAGUUCUUUCUUAAGGAGGAAUAGUACCACCCACAUUUUCUUCUUUUUAACUCAUGUGUGUGUGUGUGUGUGUGUGUGUGUGUGUGUGUGUGUGUGUGUGUGUGUGUGUGUAAGCACAUCAGAGAACAAUCCGGCAGAUCUCUCCCUCCACCAUGUGGUCAUGGAGACCAGACUUAGGUUUUGAAUCAGUUUUAGCAGCAGGUGUCUUCGCCGGCUGAGUGACUCACCAGCUUUGAUCUGCUCAUUCAUUGAUGGACACUUAUGCUGAUUACAAACUUUGACUAUUCUGAACAAUGUUACAAGGAUUGUAGUUGUGCAAAUAUCCUGAUUUUAUGUCCUUUCAGAAUAUGUCCAGAAGGGAGAUUUCUGGACGGGCACACCUUAGUUCUAACUUUUGAGGAACUGCCACAUUAUUUUCCAGAAUGGCUGUAUGGUGUACCUUCGUUCCAGUGGUAUGCAAGGACUCCCUUUCCUUACGCCAGACUGUCCAGCAGGUCAAAAUGACAUCUCAGUGUCAAUCUAAUUUGCAUCUUCCUGAUGGUUAGCAAUGGUAUUUCUUCGCUUACCUUGACUAGUUGUGGCCUUAGUUUUUUUGCUAUGUUUUUUGAUGUGGUCAUGCUAGGUUGCCCAGGCUAGUGUUGAAUUUCUGGGUCACCCACAACCAGAACGACCAGAUCACAUCACUGUGUCCAGCUCUGUUGGCCAUUUGCACAUCUUCUUUGGAGAAAUGUCAAUUUAUGAUUUUUUUUUUUGGCUUGGUUUUGAAUUGUUUGUUAUUGAAUUCCACACUCCCCUAUUUUUUUUCUUUUUUCUUUUUUUCGGAGCUGGGGACCGAACCCAGGGCCUUGCGCUCGCUAGGCAAGCGUCUACCACUGAGCUAAAUCCCCAACCCCCACA